CAGGUUUAGAAGAGAAGGGAUUUCACCGACUGCUGCUGUCAGACUGCUACGCGCUGCUUGUAGACCGCUGAAAUUAACUAGAGCUCGUCAAUUGCACAGCAGCAGAACAAGGGAAGAAAAGUCUGGCGGGAACAGCCGCAAUUAUUAUUAUUAUUAUUAUUAUUAGCGUCGGCGGCAAUUUUUUCCUGGUCAGUUGCAGGCAGUACCCCUGAGCCUCUAGCCUUAGGACUGCAACGCUGCCAGAGGGAUGGAUGUAGCCGUGGAGUUGUACUACCUUGCAGUCCCGCUGCUCUUCACAGUCUUGGCUGUCGUCCUCGCGUCGGUCUUUGUGAAGCUGAGAACCUCGGAAGGGGACAAAGCGGCGGAGGCGAAGGAACAAGGAAACCCCCAAGCCAAAGAGGCCAAGGCCAGCGCUGCGGUAGCCCCGGUGGACGGAGACGAGAGAAUCCCGGACGGCGAAGGGGAAGCAGAGGCAGGCAGAGAGGGGCCUCAUCAGAAAAAUGAAGGGGGAGAGGGAGGGAGGGUCCCCGUGGAGGGAAUCGGGGCUGAAGAAGAGAAGAAGAAACCAGGAAAGGAAGAGCAGCGGCAGAAGGAGGAGGAGGAGGAGGACGCGGCCGCAGCAGCAGCAGCAGCAGCAGCAGCGAGGACUGCCAAAGCAGAAGAGCAGAGUCACCCCCAGGAAAUGAAGAUUAUGCCCAGCCAGGCGGCGGCGGCUGUGGCUACUGCUCCGGUGGCGGUAGAAGAAGAGGAGGAGGAAGAGGAAGAAGACGAGGAGGAGGAGGAAGAGGAGGAGGAGAGCAAGGAAGAAGAUCAGGAAUCAGAAAAUGAGAAACUAGUGGUGAGGGAACCAGAGACUGAAGAUGCAGAUGAACAGCUCUCCUUUAAAUAUAGUCCUGGAAAACUGAGAGGAAAUCAAUAUAAAACCAUGAUGACCAAAGAAGAACUUGAAGAGGAACAAAGGAUUGAGCUGACCUCUGACCUCACAUCCCUGUAGCAAGUACCUUAGGUCCUCGGCCACAAACAUUCUUACAAAUCUUUUUGAACUGAAGACUAUAUGAAGUUAUCCCUAGACUCUUCCUAAGGCUUUCCCUUUGGCAUCUUGAAAGGCUUGAGAAACAAACAAACCCCCAAACAACCUGAUAUGCAUACAUAACUGAAAAAUAAAUAAUCCCUCAAAAUACGGGACUUUCUCUUUGACUGAAUGAAGCUGAGUUCCUCAGAAUAAAUCCUUGUAAUAUGAAGACUGGAAAGGGUCUCUAAGUGGUUUGGCCCCAAGAGUUAUGUGGGCUUGAGAAAGAGACUGAAGUUCCAUUCUGAGGGUGCUGCUCUUGGAUGUGAAAGUAAAACUUGUGAACAACACAAAUGCACUUUGUUGUGUCAACCACUUCAUAUCUGCUGUAUCCCAAAAACAGUAUCUUCCUGUUAGAGGUUGUCAAUUACAUCAGACCUGUACAGACUUGAUGUCAAAUUAUCUAGACCCUUUCCACUACACCACACAGGACCAAAAGCUUCCGUGAUAUCUUUGAAAACAAUGCAUUGAGAUUUAAAGCAUUGUGAAGGUUCCCUUCACCCACAGGGUGGAGGGAAGUUGGAAGGACAUGGACUCUAGUGUAGCCUAUCUUGCUUCUAGCCUUUUGAAGGCAAAACAGUCCUCCAUCUUAGGCAGAAGGAAGUCCUGAGAAAUAAGAAUGAUUUACAGUGCACUCCUAGGCAUGCUUACUCAGAAGGAAGUAUCAUUGAGUUCAAUGGGACUUACUCCCAGGUAAAUGGAUAUACAGGAUCGCCACCUUAGUGUAGUAGGUUGUGACUGAUCUUCAUCAUAAGCUCUAGAGUUUCAUUAAAGCUUGAUAGCCAAUGCUUCUGUUUACUUAGCCUUUGUUUCCUGUUCCCAAGAACAGAGUUUGAAAACAUAAACCAUGAAAUGUAAGGCAACCCUUGAGUUAUUAAUUAUAAAUUUCCUGAGUAACCUCAAAGAUAUUUGUUUUCUUUUGUCAUGCUACCACACUAUCACAAGCUUUUUUGAACUUUGUUGCUUGCCUCCCUGAAAUAUGUAUCAAUUUAUUGAAUCAUUCACCUGUAUAGAAAAUCAUGUCUGAUGGACCUUAGUGGUUAGAAACCAUUAAUUACUGUAAAACCACAGUGGUUUUAUCAAUCUUUUAUUCCACAAAGGAAGUACUUCAAGGCUAUACUGAUGUUACUUCCUAUUUGUAGAAUUACCACUUCAGGUUGAAAUUUUUCCAAAAUACUCAUUUUUUUCUUCAUGUUUUGAGGGCAGGCUGAUUUAACGGAUCAUAAUAUAUCAAACCCAGGCUGCUUUUAGAAAUGAAAUCUUAUGCAGACAAUACUUGAAUUUAUUUAGUCAAUCAUUCUUUGGGGCACCUAGGUUUGGGGAAUGUUUUUCUAGCAUAACUUUUUUAAAGGGCUUAUUUAGGAAAUAGCAGAAAGUUUUGGCAAUUAAAAAAAGCUAAGCUUCUGCUUCUGUAUGUUUUCACUAGCAUAAUACAAUUUGCAAUUGAAUCCUCUAUAUAUGUGUAUAUAUACACUAGGAUAUUCAGCUUUGAGAAACCUGUUAGCAACCAUUCUGCCUCCAAUUCACAUUGACAGAUUCAGUGUUCCAAACACUAUUAACUAUGCAAAUAAUGCCUUAUAUACAAUACAAUAGUUUCAGUAUACAGCAAUAUGUAUAUUGUGCAAGGAAUAUUACUAGUGGCAGUGAGCAAAGCUAUCUCCUCAAUAAUGACAAAAAUGGCUAUCUGAGUAUUUUUUACAUUUUCCCCCCUAAAUGUGAAGGUGGCUCUUAUAUAAACAGGACUGUAAUUUCUAGUGGCUUAAAAUGUGUAUUGCCAUUUUCUAGUCCAAUAAACCUUUAAAUAGCUUA